CCUGCAGGCACCGCCGUCACGGCCGGCGUGCUGCUGGGCGGCCUGGUGGCCUUCAAGAACGGCAAGGCAGCUAUGGCGCAGCACUUCAUGCGUGCGCGCGUGAUUGCGCAGGGUGCCACCGUGGCAAUCAUGGUGUCGAGCGGCGGCUAC